AUGGCUACUACUUCUGAUGCGUUGAUAGCGGUAGCUGAUGAGAUUUUGGCACGUGUGGAUCACCUUUCUGCUGUUCAAAUCUCCAAAAAGGGUCGCAAGUACAAGUUUGUUAACAAUAACUUCCAGAGAGUCAGAGAGGAAGAUAAGCACUUGAUUGUUUAUCCUGAAGACUUGGAUAAAAAUCUUUCCACGGUUCUGGCUUAUGAAAUUCUUCGAAAUAUCAGCGAGGACAUUUUCGAAACCCAUACCGACCUCUGUCUUUCAAUUGUGGGAGCAGCACGGGAGUUGGAGGUUAAUGGCUGGUACGAGGAAGAAAACUCACUGGUGAUCAACUAUAGGGUGCUGAAGGCUAACUUUAACGAUACUAAUCGUGAAACGGCUCUUCUGUUUGCGCAAAAAGUCACUCCUGAGCAUCUCCAUAGAGCUUACAUUCUACUCUACUGUGCUAAAUUAAACUUCUUCCAUACUGAUCAUCACAUUGGUACCAAACUUGAAGGAGCCCAUGUUCGCCAGUAUGUUGAAGAAUUCUAUGGAGAAGAGGCAUUGGAGCUGCACAUGGUACUUGUAGCUCUUAAAAGCUUUGUCCACUGGGCCAACAUCAAAGGUCUUUUAUAUAAAUUGGAGGUGCCCAACAUUGACUUGGAUAACGAUGCAAUUCAAAAAUUCUCAACGUUUCCGGACCCUCCAGAGGAGCUUCUCUCUCAUGUUUAUGACAGAUACCCUAGUGGAACUUCGAAGUAUUCACUCAUGAGAAAAGCAAUGGAUAUACUUGCAGAUUUCGAUUACUCUAAGUUGGUUCCAUACCCACAAGGUGAGGAGUUCGACAUGAAAUGGCUCUUUGAUUUGUGCCACAACAUAGAGUCUGACCCUGUUCGCUACCAUUUGCGGUCAGUUGCCAAGAGACUCUCCAAGGACCCGGUGAACUUGCAAGAUCUCGCCAAUCAACAUGCAAAGAGUGCCAAGUGCUUGCUUUCGUACAUCAGCUUGGUGUUGAAUGUAUUUCACGAUAGUGGAGGAGAGUUUUUGCUCCAGAACUCCAAGAUUCCCAACUUUUCUGACGACCUCAUUGGCCAGUGGCCCGACUUGUAUGAGAACUUGGUUAAAAUCAGCAACAAGAUCGAUGAAUACGAGGAAAAGUCGUGGGACUCUGACGAUAUAGUGAGUCGACUUUUUGACGGAAGCAGAAACGUUUACGACGAGGUUUCAAAGAUGAGGGACUUGUAUGCUGAAGAUUACGAGUGA